AGAGGAUCUAAAAGCACUUAACAAAAUCCCACAAGAACACACAGUGCUUUCUCUCUCUUCUCUUAUUCUGUGUUUGGUUUACACAGCCCAAAAAAAAAAAAUGGAUGAUUUGAUGGAAACAGAUGAAGAAUUAAUGGAUUUCACCUUAGCUGAAGCUAUGGAAAUGACCACUUUCUUUAAAGGAUUGAAAGGAAAAUCAAUCAGUCAAGAGUUGUGUCAAGAAUUUGCCAACAAGUUUAGUUCUUCACCAUUUCGUACUGGGAAAUCUAUAAUAAAAGGGGAACAGGUGAAAAGUUGGUUUCUUGAUAAGCAAAAACCAAAAGCAGCUGAAGUCCCUGAUGAUGAUUAUGUAGAACAUGUUGAUGAUUAUGAAGAACCUAUUGUUCCUAAACGACGAGGAAGAAAACCAAAAUCUAAAAACACAAGUUCAUCUCUGGUGGUCUACAAAAAAUACGAUGCUUGUGGUUACACAAGACUCCCAGAAUGUGCAUAUGACUUGCCUCAGAGGCCCAGAGUUUCUGCAGCAGAGAUGGCCAAAGAACUCAGAGGGUUGUCUUUUGAAGCUCUGUCAGCAAAGGAUUUAGCUUGGUAUGACGUGGGCUCAUUUCUCAACUUCAGAGUUCUUUACACGGGCGAGCUUGAAGUUCGUGUAAGAUUUGCUGGCUUUGGUAAUGAAGAAGAUGAAUGGGUGAAUGUUAAAAGGGGAGUACGUGAACGUUCUGUUCCCUUAGAGCCCUCAGAAUGUGUCAAGCUGAGUGUUGGAGAUCCUGUGAUGUGCUUCAGGGAAGAUGAAUAUCUCGCAGUAUAUGGUGACGCAGAGGUUGUGGAGAUCCAAAGAAAUCUACAUGAUAAUACAAGAUGCACGUGCAUCUUUGUCGUCCGCUAUGACUUAGAUAAGGCUGAGGAGAAAAUUGUACUGGACAAGAUAUGUUGCAGACCGAACUUCAUCAAUAACAAGAACAAGAACAACAACGACAACUCACCCAGUGAUUCCACCACAAGUGGAGUCUGAAGAGGAUAGGAUGUAGUUAACUCGUGUCAGUGAUGCUAGAUGGUUAAACAAAGAAAACACACCUAAGUCACUAAGCAUCCUAACUUGGGAAGUGUUCAAAACUCUACUUGUGUAUUACGCUUAAUUGUGUGUCUUGUACAAGUUUCAUGAAUACAAUGGUGAAUGACUGUAACUCGAUGGUCUGGUAAAAUCUUAAACUCACCAGGCCAGAGCAUCCGGGGCGUUGUGCUCGAAUUUUGGAUGUUGGAAGCAAUGUAAUUUUUAGCAUUCCUUUCCUUUGUUCUAA